UUUAGAAUUGGAUGAUUUACCUCAAUUGGAACUUCUUUCUUGUCAUAGUAACAAUUUACCUAAGCAAGAUUUAACAAUUUUUAGUAACUUUACUAAUUUAACGACUUUAAGAAUUGGUAAUAAUGAUAAAGAACAAGUGGAAAAAAGCAUCUACAAUCGCUUCUAUGGCAGUUUAGAGUCAUUAAAGGACUUAAAUAAACUAUCCGAACUUAAUAUUAGUAAUACCGAUAUAGAUUCUGGACUAGAAUUUUUAUCAGAUAGCAUUGGAACGUUAGAACACGAAGUUAUAUCUGACGAAUCUAACAAAUAUAAUUUUGGAGUAAAUGAAAUCCAUAAACAACUAACUACUUGUGGUAAUAGUAUUAGCACAUGA